UCCGCCGCGCAUGGAGCAGCUGCCCGUCGUCGUGGUCCUGCUCCUCCUCUUCUCCUUACUGCUUGUCCCGCUGGUGCUCCUGGAUAGGAGGCGCCGCGGUCGCCGGACGCCUCCGUUCAGUCUCCUGGUGGUGGCCGGCUCUGGUGGGCACACAACAGAAAUCCUGAGGCUACUUAGCUGUUUGUCAGAGUCAUACUCUCCUAGACAUUAUGUUUUGGCAGACUCAGAUAAGAUGAGUGAAGCUAAAAUACGUUCUUUUGAACAAAAAAGGGCUGAAACAUUCUCCGAGUCCCAGUUCAGCCUGGAUCGCAUUCCCAGAAGCCGGGAGGUCAGACAGUCCUGGACCUCCUCUGUGCUAACAACACUAUACUCCAUACUUUACUCUCUUCCUCUGACCUACAAACGGAAACCAGAUUUGUCUGAUCUCCAGGUGUUCAGCACUGAGGAGUGGGGAGCAUUACCAGAACAAAGGAGGCCAGGCAGUGUCCUACAGGUACUCCAGGAGGCAGCUCCAUGCUUGAUAUUGUGCAAUGGACCAGGAACAUGUGUUCCUGUCUGUUUAUCUGCUUUUCUUCUUGGCCUUCUACGAAUAAAGAGAACAAUCAUUGUGUAUGUAGAGAGCAUCUGCCGUGUGGAAACUUUAUCCUUGUCUGGAAAAAUUCUUUACUACUUUUCAGAUUAUUUCAUUGUUCAGUGGCCUGAUCUAAAGAAAAAAUAUCCCAAGUCAGUGUAUCUUGGUCGAAUAGUGUAGCAACAGAAGACAAGCUAAACUUUACCUGAAAUAGAUCGUACAAGCUCCUCAUUUGCAUUCCUGUAGUAAUUUAUUUUCAGCAAUUCCUGUCACUAAAUUAGGCUGGUACUUAAAAAUGAGACAAUAAAGUUUUCCCUACAUUUAAAUAAAGUUUGUGUGUAUUUGUUUUUAUUGCUAUCAUGUAGGUCUGUUUGCCAAUAACCCCUAGUGGCUUUAAGUCUAUCCUGUCUCUGUUUUCAUCUAGUUUUUCUGCUAUGUGAAUGGUAAUUUUUGUCUGCAAAUAAAUAUGGGAAUUUGUAUGAAUGUAACAUUUCCUGUAAGGAAACUUUGUGUCAUUUUUAAAAUUGUAAGCAACAAAGUCUUUUUCUAGCACAACAGAUUUUAUUUCCUUUAUGCUAGUGGUGAAGUCCCUUGUGAAUCCUUAGAGAAUAAAGGAAACAGUUAUAUUAA